GAACGUGGUCGCCAUGAUAAACUUCAUGCACACGGUAGCCUUGAAUUAAAUGAUAGCUUCUGGAUUACAAAGAUCUAUUCUAACUCUCUGUCCACGAAUUGGAUAAUCUGUGUUAUUCCGACCAAUAAUUGUACAGUGAUUGGAGUCAAAAGGGGUAGGGACUGGGCGGUAUACUAAGGCCAGGGGAUGGCGUGUGCCGUCGAAGGCAGCGUGGACUCAAAAGCAGAGCUGACCGCUCUGCUAGAGCAGUGGGAGCGAGAACAGCAAGGCAGCACGCAGGACCUGGUCAACAUACUGACUAAAAUCUCAGAGCUUGUCGAAAGGGAGACGGAGGAAUACCAUAAGGCUGAUCCUGACCCGUUUGAUGACCGUCAUCCAGGACGAGCAGACCCAGAGUGCAUGCUGGGACACCUGUUGAAGAUCCUGUUUAAGAAUGAUGACUUCAUGAAUGCGCUGGUGAACUCCUAUGUCAUGACGAGCAGAGAAAGCCCUCUAAACACCGCCGCUUGUAGACUGCUGCUGAACAUCAUGCCAGGCCUGGAGACUGCUGUGGUCUUUCAGGAGAAGGAAGGCAUUGUGGAGCGCUUGUUUAAAUGGGCCCGGGAAGCCGAGCAGCCUUUGAGGAUCUAUGGUACAGGUCUGCUUGCUGGGGCCAUGGAGAACCAGGACAUCGCUGCCAACUAUCGGGAGGAGAACUCUGUGUUGGUUCCCUUAAUGCUGCAGAGGCUACGAGAGCUUCAGGAAAAAGACUCUGAGAACAGGAAGGACCUCAAACGGCCGAGCCCUCGCAAGUGUCUGGAGCCCCUCCUCCCUGUGGACGAGGAGGCGGUGGACGGCGAGUUCGUCCCCGGCGCUGCGUCCAGCCCCUCGCCUGUACGCCCCUCGCAGAACAGCUUUGCACGCGACUCGGACGGCAAGCUCUCCCCUGAUCCCGGCUCUGCCCAGAAGAUGAGCGGGAGGCCCGGCGCAGGCCUCAAGGGGCUGAUGAAACCUGCAGCGUCACUGCAGUCUGAGCCAGACGAGCUGGACGGGCCUAGUGAGGGCACCAGGGACUGGAGGAAGCGCUCUGAGAGGGAGAAUGGCAGAAAGGCUAAGCAGAAGCUGAACUUCUCGGUCCCAGAGCCUGAACGCAGCUUCAGCGAGCUCUCCAACAGCAGCUGGUCAGAGAUGAGCCCGUGGGUGAUCGGGAACAACUACCACCUGUACCCACUCACGCCUGGCAUAGAGCAGCGCCUUAUUUUGCAGUACCUCACACCGCUGGGAGAGUAUCAGGAGCUGCUGGCUGUGUUCAUGCAGCUUGGUGCUCGGGAGCUUCUCAUGCAUUACAUGGACCUCAAACAGACCAACGAUGUCCAGCUGACUUUUGAGGCCCUUAAGUACCUGGCCUCUCUCCUGCUGCAUAAGAAGUUUGCAGCAGAAUUUGUGGCCCACUGUGGAGUGCAGAAGCUUCUGGAAAUCCCACGUCCCUCUAUGGCUGCCACAGGAGUGUCUCUGUGUCUGUAUUACUUGGCCUACAACCAAGAUGCCAUGGAGAGGGUGUGCAUGCUGCCCCAUUCGUUACUGGCUGAGGUGGUGAGCUACACGCUCUGGCUGCUGGAGUGCUCUCACGCCUCUGGCUGCUGCCACGCCACCAUGUUCUUUUCCAUCUGCUUCUCCUUCCGAGCUGUACUUGAGCUCUUCGACAAGCAGGACGGCCUGAGACGCCUCGUCAACCUGAUAAGCACACUGGAGAUCCUAAACCCGGAGGACCAGGGGGCGCUGCUGAGUGACGACGAGAUCUUCUCCAGCAGGCAGACAGCCAAGCACACGUGCAUGGCUCUGCGGAGGUACUUCGAGGCCCACCUGGCCAUCAAGGUGGAGCAGGUGAAGCAGUCUCUGCAGAGGACCGAGGGCGGAGCGCCUGUCCACCCGCAGCCUUAUUACAAGCCUUGCUCCUAUACCCACGAUCAGGUGGUUGAGAUGGUGGAGUUCCUGAUCGAGUAUGGCCCAGUGCGUCUAUACUGGGAGCCUGCCGAGGUCUUCCACAAACUGUCUUGCGUUCAGCUCCUGCUGCAGCUCAUCUCCAUCGCCUGCGACUGGAGAACAUACUAUGGCAGGAGUGAUACUGUGCGAUAUGCAUUGGAUAUUCUCAGCAUCUUGACGGUUAUCCCCAAAACCCAGCUCCUGUUGGCUGAGAAUGUGGCCGUGCUGGAUGAGGGAGGGUCUACCAUCUCAACAGUAGGUAUGAGCAUCGUGCUGGUUGUCGCAGAGGGUGAGGUGUUCGUGAAUGACGCCGAGAUCCAGAAGUCAGCCCUGCAGGUGGUAAUCAACUGCGUGUGCGCUCCCGACAAGCGUGUCUCCAGCAUCGGCAAGUUCAUCUCAGGCACACCACGUCGCCGCCUGCCCCAGACGCACCGCGCCAGCGAGAGCGUACUGGCCAAGAUGUGGAACGUGGUGCAGUCCAACAAUGGCAUCAAGGUCCUCCUUUCUCUGCUGACGGUCAAGAUGCCCAUCACGGACGCGGACCAGAUCCGCGCACUGGCGUGCAAAGCCCUGGUGGGGCUGGCACGCAGCGCCACCGUGCGUCAGAUCAUCAGUAAGCUGCCUCUCUUUAGCAGUGGGCAGAUCCAGCAGCUGAUGAAGGAGCCUGUGCUGCAGGACAAGCGGAGUGAGCACGUGCGCUUCUGCAAGUACGCGGCGGAGCUCAUCGAGCAGGUGUCCGGCAAGCCAUUGCUGAUCGGCACGGACGUGUCGCUGGCACGCCUGCAGCGGGCCAGCGUGGUGGCACAAUCGCGCAUCACUUUCCCUGAGAAGGAGCUGCUCCUGCUCAUUCGGAACCAUCUUCUGUCCAAGGGCCUGACUGACACCGCCACAGCACUUACCAAAGAGGCAGAGCUGCCCAUGGGCAUCCUCGCGCACGCUGGUGUUGUGCCCUUCGUGCCAGUCACUGUGGCCACGCCCCCCUCGCCGGCCGCCAUCCCCCGGACUCCCCGGCUGGCGAAUGGGGUGGCGGUGCGGCUCGGAGGCCACGCCCCUCACACGGCGACGCUGCCUCUUCACCCACAGCCGCGCCCUUCUACCUCACAGCCCCUGCCCCCAGCCCCUCCCACAGCAUCUCACCAUAGCAACGGCUCUCCUCUGAUUGGGCGGAUUGUGUUCUCAAGGGAGCGGCCGUCCCCUUGCACAAUGGGAAAGAAGCCACGCGUUUUGAGGCAGAAAUCGGAUCACGGUGCGUUUAGCCAGAGUCCAGCCAUGAAGAAACAGAUGGACCGCCAUCUUCCCUCCCCUCCGGCUCUCGACAGUAUCAUAACGGAGUACCUGCGGGAGCAGCACGCCCGCUGUAAGAACCCAGUCACCACGUGCCCACCCUUCAGCCUCUUCACUCCCCACCAGUGUCCCGAGCCAAAACAGAGACGCCAGGCCCCCACCAGCUUCACAGCCCGACACACACGCAGGGUCAUCUACCCCAAAUACGGCGGCGUCGACGGAGGCUGUUUCGAUAGACAUCUCAUCUUCAGCAGGUUUAGACCCAUCUCAGUGUUCCGGGAAGCAGAGGAGGAUGAGAGCGGCUUCAUGUGUUGUGCCUUCUCAGCGAGGGAGCGCUUUCUCAUGCUGGGCACAUGCACGGGUCAGCUCAAACUCUACAACGUCUUCAGUGGGCAAGAGGAGGCCAGCUACAGCUGCCACAGCUCCGCCAUCACACACCUAGAGCCCUCCAGGGAUGGGUCUUUACUAUUGACAUCAGCUUCAUGGAGCUAUCCUCUAUCAGCCCUCUGGGGCAUGAAAUCUGUCUUCAUAAUGAAGCAUUCCUUUUUAGAUGAUCAUUAUGUGGAGUUCAGUAAACUGUCCCAAGAUAGAGUAAUAGGCACAAAAGAACACAUUGCCCAUAUCUAUGACAUUCAAACUGGACAGAAGACCCUGACCCUGAACAACCCUGACCUGGCCAACAACUACAAGCGUAACUGUGCCACCUUCAACCCUACUGACGACCUCGUCCUGAAUGACGGAGUAAUGUGGGAUGUGCGCUCGGCGCAAGCUAUCCACAAGUUUGACAAGUUCAACAUGAACAUCAGUGGGGUUUUCCACCCCAACGGCCUGGAGGUCAUCAUCAACACAGAAAUUUGGGACUUGAGAACGUUUCAUCUGCUGCACACGGUGCCAGCACUGGAUCAGUGCCGAAUUGUCUUCAACAACAAUGGAACAGUGAUUUAUGGAGCGAUGCUGCAGGCUGAUGAGGAAGAUGACAUGAUGGAGCAGCAGAUGAAGAGUCCCUUUGGUUCUUCCUUCAGGACCUUCGAUGCCACUGACUACAAACCCAUAGCCACCAUUGAUGUGAAGAGGAACAUUUUUGAUCUCUGCACAGACACCAAAGACUGUUACCUGGCAGUCAUUGAAAAUCAGGACUCAAUUAAUAUGGACACAGUUUGUCGACUUUAUGAAGUUGGUCGUCAGAGACUUGCUGAGGAGGAAGAGGAUGAGGAAGAUCAGGAGGAUGAAGAUCAAGAAGAAGAGGAUGAUGAUGAUGAUGACUCCGAUGAUGAUAUGGAUGACAUUGACACAGACCCCUUGCUGACAGAGUUGGAGAAUGAGAAUAAUGGAGAAGAGGAAGAGGACGGCGAUCAGGAUUUUUCUCCAUCUGAUGACGAAGAGGUGGCUCGCCUGCUAGAGGAAGAGGCUGACGACGACGACGACGACGAGGAUGACGACGACGAUGACGACGACGAUGAUUCUGAAGAUAAUGUGGGACACGCGGAUCUAGUGCUGGAUAAUACAGAUAGCUCGGACAACUCUGACCUGGAAGAUGACAUCAUCCUCUCCCUGAACGAGUGAACCAGUAAGAAACAGAGCAAACAGGAAGCGCUAUCUUACCCAUAUCUCAGAGAUGAACACCACAGAGAGGAGAGGAAAAUUAAAAUAUCACGGGAAUUGUGAUACUAGCAAAAAUGAAAAGCAUGGCUGUUGGCAUUGAAAAUGGUAUAGAGUAAUGGAACGCUUUCAACUGGUGAACUCAACCAAAUUGGAGGGCUUUCUGAAAAUGCCAAUAAGUAUUUCUGCAAGAAAACAGAUGAUCUUUUUUUCAUCCAAGGGUGGCACGACAAAGCAUGUGUGUUUGAAAAACAAAACCUCAGAAAAAUGUAGUUUUCAUGGGAAAAACUUUAUAAAGUUUCCCCCCCUUUUGAAUGUAUUAUUUUUUAAGAGAACAUAAAUGCCAACAAAUGUUUUAAGAGGGUGUGUGAAUGUGUGUGUGUGUGAGAGAGAGAGUGAGCAUUUCUCACAUUGUCUCUUUUGAAGGGCGUCCCUACAGAAAAGAGCUGAGUGUCUGGUUAUUUUUGGGGCUCUACUUUUGAGCCCUUACUGGACAUCAUGAAUGAUAGUUUGUGUGUGUGUGUGUCAGAGACAUUGAACUGCCUAUUCCUCUUAAUGGUAUGCCUAUUUGAUUUCAUUUCCCCUUGAACAUUACAUUUGUUAGUCAUUUUGCUUCCAGAACAUUUUUGUUUUGGUGGUUUGUUCCAGGGCUGCCCACAGUAACAAAUGCUUAUUUUGUGUGCUUUUCCGUUUGCUCAAAUUGGAAACAAUUAGCGCUUAGUUUUGAAAAGAAAUCUUACAAGUUGCACCUCUGCUUGUGUUUACUUUGUAGUAUGGGUACGAAUGUGAAAAUAGGUCCGCAAGUAAUCGUUAUCAAGCAAAGUCAACUGCACGAAAGUGGUUAUACCCCAAGGUGUUGUCUGCACCCACACCAGCAUUUCUUUUUUUUAUUUAUAAUUUUUUUUGUUUGUUUUUGUAAGAGUUAGUCAUUUCAGUGAUUUUAGAUGACUGCUCAUAGCUUCCCAAAUGUAAAGCUCCAAUGUACAGUAUGUAUCAAAGUAUUUUUACUAUAAACACCAUUAAAAGGACCCUGUUUGUGUCG